GGAAAGUCCACAUUCAUUAACGCAUUCGUCAAUUAUUUGUCAUUUGAAAGUCUCAAUGCGGCCAAUGGUCAGCCCAUAUGUUUAAUUCCGGUUAGUUUUACAUUGAGUGACCCAACGACAGGGUUACCCAUUAAGGUAACACUCGGUGAACAAGAUGUAAAUGAAAGGUCUAGUGAUACGACAUUGUCAGCCACACAAUACCCAAAAUGUUAUAAAUUUCAAAACGACGACAUUGUGCUCAAUAUAAUCGAUACGCCGGGAAUUGGGGACACGGAUGGUGUGGAUCAGGACAAUGAAAAUAUGCAAAAUAUAUUAGACUUUAUUAGCAAUUAUAAAGAAAUUAAUGCCUUUUGUGUGCUUUUAAAGCCAAACGAAGCGAGAAUUGAUGUACUGUUUAAGUAUUGUUUGAUUCAAUUGUUCACUCAUUUGAAUAAAAGCGCCGCAAAUAAUAUACUAUUUCUGUUCACAAACUCCCGGAGCACUCACUAUAUGCCCGGGGAAUCCGGACCCGCUUUACUGAACAUAUUAUCCAAAAUGAAGACAAACCCUCCAAAUGUUGACAUCCAUUAUAACAAGAAUACAAUCUAUUGUUUCGAUUCCGAGUCCUUUCGAUAUCUCGUGGCUUCGGUUCUGCCAAAUAAUAUUGAAUUUGACCCGAGAUUUAAGUCAAUUUAUAAUGAAAGUUGGGAUCGAUCUGUCACCGAAUGUCAGCGACUAUUCAAUUACAUAACACAACUGCCGGCACACCAAGUGAUGGACACACUAUCCCUCAAUAACGCCAAACAAAUCAUACAAUUACUAACCAAACCGUUGGCCGACAUCACGAAGAAUAUCGCGGAUAACAUAAACCAAUGCCAAACAUAUAACACUCAAACCAAACAUGUGUUGGAAAGAGAGUGUAAACUACCUGUUAUUGAAUUAAAAUCCAUACCAUUAAGUCAGCCAAUGACUGUGUGCGGCGUUGACGGAUGCAAAACUACCAUGGUGCUUAAUGGCGUAACGAGCGCAAAAUACUCCACGCCAUGUCAUUCACCAUGUUAUUUAAAUUUCAAUGAUGGUAGUAUUGUGGGCAAUAGAGGUUUGCUCGGGUGUAAUGCUUUCAACAAACACGGCGGCAAAGAUCAUUACCGUGAUAAAUUUAAACACCCGCACUCAACAGCGGUCACCAAUAGCAUUUUGAAACAGGCUGACUCAGUGUUGGGCAAGUUUACC